UCUAUAUAAUAUAUACAUUUUUGAUAGUCCAAGAACUGAGUUUUUUCUGUCAUUUUUUUAUCCAGUCACUGAAGAAAAUUCUAACACAGAUCGAAACGUCUGUAGUUAAACGUAGAAUGAAAAAUUUUUUGAACACGAACAUUCUAUUUACGACUCGAAUUGGCUCCUUCCUUUAAUUCGUCAAAUAUUUCUCUCACAUCUUUUCAUAUGUAAAUUUUUAACUCCAAAAUUUCAGAGCCUACAUUCCAAGCAAACUUUUGUUCUUUUAUCAUACGUGUAGGUAGAUAAUCUCAUAUUUUUUCCGUGUCAAAAGUGUAACAAACUUGGUUUUACGUAAAAAUUUAUUUUUCUUGGAAAAAAUUAUCAGCGUUCUUCAAAAUAAAAUUUUAUUCUUAGAUUUUCACGCACGUAAAUCUUUUUCUCGUUCGUGUUACGUUGUUUUCAACAGCAAUAUCAGCUUCGUUCAUUAUAAAAUUGCUGUUUGUAACAUGAGUCUCGUCUCAUUUAUAUCCGAAUAGAAUUCAGUCGAGGAUACAGUAACCAAUUUUCCUUCGUUCUUCUUACCAUUGUGUCGUGCACACAGCAGCUUGCAAUGUAUCUUGUAAAACGCACAAUUGAUUGUCAGAAAUGUCUUAUCAAGGGGAUCAUGCUAUCGAAGCGGACGAUCUCGUUCCCAUCUUGACACCUAACACUGAUAUCUCACAACGACUGAAGAUCUUGGCCGAUUUUUUCAUCUCCGAAUACAAUGUAGAGCCUUCCUUUUUCGCUCGUGUGCCAGGCAGAGUGAAUCUGAUAGGCGAGCACAUCGAUUAUUGCGGAUAUGCCGUCUGUCCAAUGGCCAUCGAGCAGGACAUACUUGUCGCAGUGGCAGUGUCGAAAGAUAACGAGAUUUGCCUCACCAACCUAACUCCGAAAUACGAGAACUUCCGUUGCAGCUUCGAAGACGUGAGAUCUCGUAUUAGCGACAACGAAAGCGGACCGGUCUGGUAUAAAUAUUUUCUGUGCGGUGUAAAAGGAGCGUUGGAGAUAAUCCCGAGGGAGUCCGUUCCUACGGGGAUUUUGGCUGCAGUAUGGGGUAACAUCCCUCCUAAUUCUGGUCUCUCCAGUUCUAGUGCGCUCGUCUCGGCGGCGCUGCUUUCGAUCGUGCACGCUAGUCAGUGUCAGUUGUCGAAGCAUCAAUUGGCGACUGUUAGUGCUCAAGCUGAGAGACACAUCGGCACUCAAGGCGGCGGGAUGGACCAGGCCAUCGCUUUUCUCGGAAAAGCAGGUUCGGCUAAGCUGAUAGAAUUUAAUCCCUUACGCGCCACCGAUGUAACGUUGCCGGAGAACGCAGUAUUCGUAAUAGCGCACAGUCAAGCUUAUCACAACAAAGCCUCAACUGCUGACUUUAAUCUCAGAGUUGCAGAAUGUCGAUUAGCUGCGCAGAUAAUAGCCAAGAAAAGAAAUAAGGAUUGGGAAGGCGUUCGAAGAUUGAUCGACAUCCAAGAGCGGCUCGCCUUUGAGUUGGACGAGAUGGUUACUGUAGUAAUGACAGACCUGCACGAAGAGCCGUAUACUUUUGAUGAGAUCUGCGAGUGCCUCGGCACGGACUACGAUCGACUGGAGAAGACGUCUCUCGUCAGUUCUUUUAGCGCCGCGCAAACGUUCAAGCUGCGGCAACGAGCUCUCCAUGUUUUUCAAGAGGCCGGCAGAGUAUUCGCGUUUCGCCGCAUAAGCGAGGAAAGCGGCAUAAUGGAACAUGAGAAGCUCCAACAGCUGGGCGAUCUUAUGUCGAAGAGCCACGCGAGUCUUCAUAAACUGUACGAGUGCAGCCAUCCCAGCGUGAACGCUCUUGUUGAACGUGCCAUGCGUUGUGGCGCAUUCGGAGCGAGACUCACAGGAGCCGGUUGGGGUGGUUGCAUCGUCGCUCUUAUCAAUAAAAACAAAGUUCAGCAAUUUAUGGACGCGCUUCGAACGGAUUCUUCUCGGAAUAAUACUAAAGACCGAGAGAAGAUAGAGGAUAUGAUAUUUCCAACGGCACCGAACCAAGGUGCUGCUAUUUACACUGUGUCAACAUCACUCUGAAUUGCUUAAGCCGGCACUGUAAUAAAUAUGGCUUUUUCUUUGGCCCGUAGCGUGUUGUCACGCUACGUGUUUAUAUUGACUUUUCAUUAUUUUUUUCUACUUUAGUCUCUGGUUUUUUUUUUGCUCGUCAUCACGAAUUUUUUAAUUGAUGAACGAAUGUUACAUGCCGCUCGACCUUUUAACAUUGUUGAUAUUCGAAUUUAACUUCAGUUUGUUGAACGAAUAAUAUCCUGUGUGUGUGUGUGUGUGUGUGUGUGUGUGUGUGUGUGUGUGUGUGUGUGUGUGUGUGUG